AUGGCUUCAACGUUAACAGUUAAAGUACAUCCGGUAGUGUAUUUGACUAUCGUUGAUGCAUUCGAAAGACGUUCGAACAAGCCGGGUGCUAAUGACAAAGCAUUGGGCACAUUGAUGGGAUUCUAUGAGAAAAAUGCUAUUCAGGUAACAAAUUGUUACGCCAUACCGUUCCGAGAGCAAAAAGAAGACACACCAGAAUUAGAUGAUGGCUUUAAUCAGACAAUGUUAAUGAUGAUGAAACGAGCAACGCCCUCAGAACAACCAGUUGGAUGGUUUUAUACCAACGCCGAUUUGUCAAUCCACUGUUUGCCAUAUCAUGAUUAUUAUAAUCGUCUGAUAAGUGAAUCAUCAGCUAAGAAAGAACCGCCACCAGUGAUCUUACUUACCGUUGAUACAACCUUUAAUUCACCAGAUGAAAAUUACCGGAUGCCUGUACGAGCAUAUUUGAGAAUUAAAGCCGGGAUUCCUGGAACUCGAGAUCCACACUGUGCCAUCUUUAAUCCGUUGAAAGUUGAAUUCGAUGCUUUUCCUGGUGAAGGAGUUGCAUUAAGUUUAGUGCAAGGUGGUACGGCCUACAGUAACAAGCAACGUGAGGUUGUUCUGGAAAGCGGCUUGGAACAGCUUGAGAAAAGUACAAGUGAAAUGGUGCUUGAAAAACCAGAACUACCCGUUGAUUCAUCUUUCGGGCGACGCAUGAUGGAUAUUGUCAGUGCUGCUGCAACUCACAUAUCUGAUGAAAAAUUGGAUGUAUUAGUUAAAACAAGUCUAAGGGAUUACAUGAUGAUUUCAUAUUUGGCAAGCUUAACGAAAACACAGCUUUCAUUACAAGAACGCUUGGUAGCUCUGUAA